AUGUCGCAUGGACAUUCGCAUGGUGGUGGUUGCGGACACGAAGCUUUGGGAAUUGAAAAUGAACUGGAAAUAGGUAUACACUACAGCUUAUACGAGAAAAUUGAUAUGCACAAUGUAGAAUGCUUGAACGAGGAGCUGGAAGGAUCCGGAAAAACUGUAUUCAAGCCGUAUAAUGAACGUUUGAGCCAUGACAAGUUCGUAAAAAGCGAUGCUGAUGAGGAGCUGUUAUUUAACAUACCAUUCACCGGUAAUGUGAAACUAAAAGGAAUCAUCAUCAUAGGGGCGGAUGAUGAAUCACAUCCAAAGAAAAUGCGUCUGUUCAAGAAUCGCCCUAAAAUGACCUUCGACGAUACGGCUGCAACAGCCGAUCAAGAAUUUGCAUUGGAGAGGGAUGCAAAUGGUGUGAUAGAAUAUUCUACGAAAGUAGUAACAUUUGCAAACGUGCAUCACCUUUCAUUACAUAUUCCUACCAAUUAUGGAAGCGAUAGUACCACCGUUUAUUACAUAGGACUGAAGGGAGAAUUUAGUGAAGCACAUCAUCACGGUGUUACAAUUUGCACUUACGAGGCACGUCCCAACGUUUCGGAUCACAAAAAUGAUGUGUUUGAUUCCGUUAAUCAUCAAAUUCAAUAA